AUGGCCAGAGACGUCAGCCCUCUGAGCCUCGGGCGGAGGUCUGCGAGGCUCCAGCAGUGGGACGGAGCCUCUCUGGGGUUGAUCCUCCCCUUCUUCCCCCUACGCUCUCUAGUUCUCUACUACUUCCUGUCGUGUGCAGCGUCCGCAACGGGAAGUUUGCCGGGCAUUGAAUACGACUACGGCAUUAGCCCCAAAUUCGUCUGCACCCCAAUCCCCCCGGAAGCCGACCCCAGCUGCUACUCCCCGCCCAGCGUGCCCCACGGGCCGAGCAGCAACGGCCACGCCAACGGCCACAACGGCAGCAGCCGGCGGGGCGUGAUGUCCGACGAGGCCAAGGCCACCAUCUUGCACCUGCGCGAGAGCCUGGUGAGGCAAAAGGAGACCAUCCUGGACCAGCGGGAGACCAUCAGGGAGCUGACCGCCAAACUCACCUUGUGCGAGGGCUUCGGCGGCGGCCACCACGGCACCGAUCACCACGACGACCGCCGCGAGAACCACCACGACACCCGCGACGAAAAUCAUCACGACGGCCACCCGGACGACCACCGCGGGCAUCACGGCGGCGGCGGCGGCCACCACGGGCCUUCGUCGUAUCACGGCAGCGACCACCACUACUCGCACGGCGGCCACAGGCCGGACCCCCACCCGAGGAAGGGCUCGUCUUAUGGGAAACACAGCUCCUUCUCCCCCGAGCAGACCGGCAAGACCCUGCAGACACUGAAGGAAAGGCUGGAGAACCUGCAGGCCAGGAACUCGUCCAGCUCGUACUCCAGCAGCCUGAGAGAGCUCCUCCAGCGGAAGAUCACGGCCCUGGAGGAGCAGCUGCACAGCUACUACCAGGACCACCGUGACGAUCACCCCGACGACCACCACGACGACCACCCCGACGACCACCACGACGACCACCACGGCAGCGGCCGCCCCGGCGACGACCACCAGGACAGCGGCCACCCUGACGGCCGCCCCGACAACCACCGCGACGACCACCGCGGCACCGGUCACCGUGACGACCAUCGCGAAGACCACCGCGGUACCGGUCGCCGUGACGACCAUCACGAUGAUCACCGCGGCACCGGUCGCCGUGACGACCAUCACGAUGAUCACCGCGGCACCGGUCGUCGUGACGACCACCACGAUGACCACCGCGGCUCCGGUCACCGUGACGACCACCACGACAGCGGUCACCACGGCAGCCCCAGGAACAACCAUCGCACCGGUCACCACAGUCGUUAUCAAGACCACCACUACGACUGGCACCACGGCGGCCGGCAGCGUGGUUACUAUGGCAGCCAUCACAGCCCGCACCAUGACGACCAUCACGAUGAUCACCACGGUUACCACGACUAUCGCCACGGACCUGGACACCGCGACGACCAUCACGAUGACCAUCACGACGAUCACCGUGGCGACGAUCACCAUGACGACGACCGCCACGGCGGCCGCCACGGUAACGAUCAUAACCCACGCCGGCUGCCUUUCGACAACAAAGAGACAAGUCUGCGCGGCGCUGGUCACGACAAGCUGGAAACGGUGCUCAGCCAACUGCACCUCUCACCAGGAAACCACAAGAAGCUGAAGACCCCCAGCGCCUUCCUGCUCGACUUCCCCAUGAAGACCAACUACAUGUACGCCAGGAUGAAGCGGUCGCCGGUCAACGAGAUCUUCGCCCUGACCAUCUGCCUGAGACUGAAGGCCGGAGCCGGUCCCGGCCUCGGCACCCCCUUCUCCUACGCCGUACCCGGACAAGCCAAUGAGCUGGUGCUCAUCGAAUGGGGCAGCAACCCCAUGGAGCUGCUAAUCAGCGACAAGGCGGUGGCAUUGCCGAUGGCCGUGAGCGAUGGGAAGUGGCAUCACGUGUGCGUGACGUGGACGACGCGCGACGGCGUCUGGGAGGCCUACCAGGACGGCGUGAAGAAGGGCUCGGGGCAAAACCUGUCGGCGUGGCGCCCCAUCGAACCAGGAGGCACCUUCGUCCUGGGCCAGGAGCAGGACACGAUGGGAGGCCGCUUCGACGUCACCCAGUCCUUCACGGGAGAGUUGUCUGAUUUCCAGUUCUGGUCCAGAGUCCUGACCACCAACGAGAUCUACAGCCAGGCCACCUGCGGCGGGGGCCGCCUCAUCGGUGACGUCAUGUCCUGGUCCGAGGAGUCGGUGGAGCUCCACGGGGGGCUCACGGAGGUCCCCUUUGAACCCUGCCACUGA